UUCAGUUGCACUCUUAGUGUACUAACGACAUUAACUCUAGUCUGAUUAUUGUGAGGAAUCCUUGUUCACGCGCGGACCUUUAUUACUUGGCAUCACUUUACUAAUUUAUUAAUUAGUAGCACCUCGACACCACAGGACUCUCAAUCAUCAGUUUGUAAUUUCCCAUCGGAAUCCAUAUAGACCUGCUGCGAAACUUCAUCGUCGAGCAGGCCAUGAUGUUAUCGUGUCGAUAUUUCUUCAUCUCUACCUUUGCAACCAUCGCGGCCGCCACUUUCUUCGGUUUCGGCGCAAUGACUCCUGAGGAAGGCAACCCGCGACAAUUCAACGUUUAUUGGAACGUGCCCAGCUUUGUAUGCCAUAAAUACGGUGUGAAAUUCGAAGAUCUUAAGGAUUUUGGAAUUCAUCAGAAUGCAAAUGACACAUUUCGUGGUGAAAAGAUCGCGAUUCUUUAUGAUCCUGGAAUGUUUCCGGCGCUGUUGACCGAUAAAAAUGGAGUUGUAACAAAAAGAAACGGUGGCGUUCCCCAAGACGGUGAUUUGAAGGCACAUCUUGCAAUAUUCCGGGAGCAUUUGGUCAAGCAAAUCCCUGACGAGUCAUUCAGCGGUGUCGGUGUGAUAGACUUCGAGAGCUGGCGACCAAUCUUUCGGCAAAAUUGGGCCUCCCUCGAACCCUACAAGACUCUGUCCAUAAAACUGGAACGUGAAAAGCAUUCGCUUUGGAGCGACGCGGCUAUCAAGAAGGAAGCAAAGCGCCGUUUCGAAAAACACGGCAGGAUAUUCAUGGAGGAAACUCUGAAGGUAGCGAAUAAGCUUCGAUCUAAGGCCACCUGGGGUUACUACGGCUAUCCGCAUUGCUUCAAUCAUAGUCCUGGCCAACGCAACGCGCAUUGCAAUCGGCAGACCAUGGCGGAAAACGACGAAAUAUCUUGGCUUUUCACACUCGAGGACGUGCACAUGCCUUCUGUGUACUUAAGGCAGGAGAUUAAAGAGGUGGAUCGGGUAGGCUUCGUCAAGGGUAGAGUGUCGGAGGCGUUGCGAAUGGCGCAGAAGAGUUCUCGUAAACAACAAGUUCUUCCCUAUCACUGGUUCAAGUAUCAAGAUCGCAGAGAUGAAUUUCUCAGUGAGAAAGAUACGGAGAACACGAUCAACACGAUUGUCAGCCUGGGCGCUGACGGCAUGAUCAUUUGGGGUAGCUCCGAAGAUACGAACACGGAGACGAAGUGCAAGGAUCUGCAGCAAUACGUGAGAGAUGUCAUAGGACCGGCGAUAAAGCGGAUCAAACGACAAUACACAACACACCCGAAGAACGUUCAGAGGACGUUCAAACAUCUUCUGGAUGUUCUCUUUCGGAUAUGUGAGCUGUUAGGAGUAAAUGCCUACAUUGGUGAUAUUAGAGAUGCUGAGGAUCAUUGCGCUUGGGUGAUGACAAGCUACGAUAGUCUUAUCGCGGCUCUUUUCAUAAGUCUCAGGUCCAGCGCGAGAUUCGUGAAGCUCGAGUACGUCCCUGUUGCAUCCUAUUCGGUCAUUCAAAUCUCCGCUCGUAGAAAUGAGACGGGCGGCCGCAUCGUGUUGCCCCACACCUUUGCGGUCUCGAAGCAUACAGGAGACGGAGGGGUAGAUCGGAAUCGAAAUGCAUCCGUGAGCAAAACGGCGACGAAGACGAAAAAUCGAUCCUCUCUCUGGAAAUGCCGGCGACCAAUUGUCCGGCGAGGGACAAGAUUCUUGCCGUUGUCAGGAAUUCAGCUCGCGAGUCCGACGAGGCUCCGACGACGAGGACGUGAAUCCUUCGAAGGACGACAAACGCACGAGAGUACCUAUGCAACGUCGCGGGAUCUCACGAUUUUAGUUCAUUUUUUUUCGGAGCAGCCGAAAAAGCGACGAAGUCAACGUAAUUGGAACCACGUCCUCCUGAUUCGACACUCGUAUCGAUGUAGCUGUGGUUGGAUCGCGGAAGAUUUAAUUUUCGAUAAGUCGAAACGAAUCAUGGGGACGAUAAGACGGCUGUCUACAAUAAUGGUGUUGUUAAUGAUGCAUUCCGCUCAGCUCGAUGCUCAUCGUGAACACAAGGUUCACAAUAUCGUGCUGUAUCCAGAUAAGCAUAGCUGGUGCAAAACAACACCGAUAAAGCAAGUAGUGACAUGGCCUCAGUGCUCUUCACAGGAAUUGGACAAUAAUGUAUGCGUUGGUGCUUGUUUCUCGUAUAUGGUCCCUCAUAGCGAGCCUUCUGCACCCGGUGAUCUCAUAAGACCUUACUGCGAUUCUUGCCAACCUCUGGACAGCGUUUGGCACACUGUAACACUAGACUGUAAAGACGAGCAGAAAAAUCCAGUGACCAUGCAGAAGAAAGUGCAGAUUAUCACAAACUGCUCCUGCAGCUCCUGUAUGGAAACCUCAAAAAUCAAACCGGACUACAAUACUCUGCUGCAGUCUCUGACGGAGGAAAACUUGGACAAGAACGUAAAUGUAGCACAUGAAACACCAGAUUUACUACUAGAUCCGAAUUUGAAUGCUUCGAAGAACACGACUAGAGAUGGAACUCAGACUAACGAACGAUUUCUUCAACUAUUUAAGAAAUUUAAAGAGUCGCAGAAACUGAACGAAUCCGGUUUAAAGGAAUUCGCCAAAUUCGAGGAGGAAAAGAUCGAUUUGGAGAUGCUGCGGGAGAUGUUUAAAAAGUAUAGCGAGGGAGACGAAGAAGAAGGCCAGCACGAACAUCAUCAUCAGCACCAGCAUGAGCAUCAGCAUCAGCAUCAACAUCAGCAACAACAGCAACAACACCUACAUCGCGGACCCCAUCACUCUCUGGUACUAGACUCGGACGUAAAGGAAAAGAUCGACGUGGAGCCGCAUUAUUUGCAUCCCGCUGUUGCCGGCCAAGAAAUUAGUUAUCACGACAACAUUCUUGUAGGCAAGGAAAAAAAGAAGAAAGAUUUUUAAAAGCCUGCCGGAAAUUCGUCGUCGCACGGAUGUCAUCACUCUUCAAAAUUCGUAGGAAUUCGUUCGAGAUUUUUAGCAAACGCGUUUUUAUCGCGUCUAGAUAGUAUUUGAUAAGUAAACAAUUUGGACCUAAUACGCUAUCUGAUUUUGAUAUUUCUACAUAUUUAUUUCCGUAGCGAUAAUUGGAGCAUAAGAUAUUAAUUGUUGAUAUUUAUUACGAUAAAAUUAUUUUUGCAAAGAAAGAUGUCUUUUACAAUAUAUUCUAUAAGAAAGCUUAUACUAUAUGAAAUAACUAGAAAAUAAUGCGAAUUAAAAAUAAAUGUGAACAUGAUGUUUCAAAAUUAAUUAUAUCGUUAUUGGAUUCGCUAAUGAGGAUGAGAAAGAGAAAUAGCAAGAGCUUGAGAAAAUGGAAAGAUUGGAAGUGUAUGAGAGAAAAUUUUAAUAUAUAUUUAUAUAUAUAAUUGUUAUUAUGUUAAUUAAUUAUUUAAAAAGUUGCAGAGCGCAAUUUGGUGUUUAACUCAACUUUAAAUACAUAGAGUGACACUUUAUCGAGAUCUACAUCUCGAUCGAUGAACAUAUGAAUAAUACUCUCGAGAUUGAAUAUCAGUCUUGACAUGACGUCAAUUACUAUGACGUAUACAUUGUAUUAUUCUCCUAGAGAAUAAAGACCAUCGAUGGUAUGUAUUACUUA